GUCAUAAUUGAGUAUUUGUCGUCUGUGAGUAUAAGUUUUUCAAUCUUUUUCCGGUCUCUAUAUAGAUUUUUUCCCUAAAAAAGAUUUUUCUUUCUACUGUAGACUGUGGUGUGAUUUUAAGAAACUCAACAUGGAAGCUUUGCAAUUACUUUCAUCAAAUAAGAUAUUUGGAGGGUAUCAGAGAGUGUACGCCCAUGAAUCUUUCGAGCUGCAAUGCAAAAUGAACUUUUCUCUUUAUUUACCACCUCAAGCAGAAGGAGGAGACGUAAAACUGCCUGUUGUAUUUUUCCUCUCUGGCCUUACUUGUAAUGAACAAAAUUUUAUAACUAAAUCUGGAUUUCAAAGAUAUGCUGCUGAACAUGGCAUUAUAGUUGUGGGACCUGACACUUCUCCCAGGGGAGUCAAGAUACCUGGUGAUGAUGAGUCGUGGGACUUCGGUGUUGGUGCUGGUUUUUACUUGGAUGCUGCUAAAGAGCCAUGGUCCAAAAACUACAGAAUGGGAAGCUAUGUAAACAAGGAGCUGUAUGACCUUAUUCUACAAGCUUUCAGUAAUGUUGUAGACCCAAAUAGAAUAGGAAUCAUGGGGCACAGCAUGGGAGGCCAUGGAGCUUUUGUAUCAGUUCUAAGAAACCCUGGUCUAUAUAAAUCUGUGAGCGCAUUUGCCCCAAUAUGUAAUCCAACCCAGUGCCCAUGGGGUGAGAAGGCUUUUACAGGCUACCUUGGAGAUGACAAGAGCCAAUGGGUUGAAUGGGAUACAACUGAGCUAGUCAAGAAAUAUGAUGGGCCCCCAAUAACAUUGCUUGUGGAUCAGGGUACUGAUGACAAGUUCUACAUUGAAAAACAGCUGCUGCCCGAAAACCUAGUGGAAGCCUGCCGCUCUGUUGGAGUACCAGUGAUACUGAACCUGCGCGAAGAAUAUGAUCAUUCAUAUUAUUAUAUUGCAUCUUACAUUGGAGAACAUUUUGAUUUCCAUGCUAAAAUACUCAAAGCCUAAAUUAUAAUUAAAACAUUGGUACAUAGUGACAUCACAUAAAAUAAUAUCUGUGAGCGUACUUGUAUCAAAAAAUGCUCUAAAUCCAUGAGAAGUUAAGAAUACAAUUUCAUACAUACAAUGUAAAGAUAUCAUAUUAUAUGCAUACUUUUAUCACAACAAUAAGUAAACAAAAGUCGUAAAUAUUGCAUUUAUUGUUAAAUUAACAUAAUUAAUUAUUAUUGAUGAAUUAUUCAUCAAUAAUGUAAUUUAGUUAAAAUCACUUUUGCAAUAGCCUCUAUGUACUUGGAUACAGUGUAAAACAUUUUACAAACCUCAAAUGCAUUUAACAUUUUUGUACAUAAUAUAAGCCGAUUCUAAUUUCUAUGUACAUAAUAUUUUUUUUAAAUAAAACUGCACUGGUUAUUGUUUGGAUAUAA